AUGGCACAAAGAAAUGAGUACACCUGCCUACCCCCGUUCCACCGGGCGUGGCCGCGCGCCGCGCGCCCCAACACAAUUAGGUUAAUGAGGCGUCUUCAUUUCUCCAUCUCCAUCAUCCGUGUCGGAAUGCAUGUCAUGUACCCGGUGCCGCCGGUGCAACAUCGCAGCAGUCAGCCAAUCAGCGCGCAACCAGAUCACCAGCCGGCAGUGUCGCCGGCCCAGCAGCCAAUCAAGAAGCGUCGCCUGCUGAGCCCACACAGCGAGUACAGCGCACACGCUCAGCUGGACAACACGCUCUACAAGAAGGGCCAGCCGUUCUAUGAGGUCGGUGUCGAAGCUUUUCUAUACUGGUCCUGGUCCUUAAUACGGAUAGCGAAAAUAUUAUAUGACAGUAACAAGAUGCGAGUAGGCUGGGUUUUCACUGCCGCUCUGCGGAGUGCGAAGAAAGCACCAACCAAUGAGAAACCUGUGUACACUCUAUUCAGUGUCCUAUUGGUGGAUUCCAUCACUCCGCAGUCCAGUAGCUGGAGCGCGGUCUUCGCCACAAAUCUGGUGGAACGACAGCCU